AUGAACAAGGUUCUUCAUUUAGGUAUCCAGAGCUCUGUAAUCAAUGUCGCCAAGUUUCUGGUGGUGCCUCUAAGGAGAUUAAGAGUUGGUUCAUCGAUUAGAACAAUAAGCUCUAAUAAGAGACUUAUGUCAAAUGCUACAGCUAAAUCUUUACCUUUCUCUAUCAACAACAGUAAGAGAAAGGAACUCAAGAUAGUUGCAGCAGCUACUAAUCAGAAUUGUCAUCAGAUGGGAAGUGAUAGUGAUAAAGAUGAAAUGGGAAUUGUUCAGGAUGAUGGAAAGGAAAUCGAGGCGAUGACAGUUCAAGAACUUAGAGUUACAUUGAGGAAACUUGGGCUACCUGUGAAAGGACGCAAACAAGAACUUAUCUCAACUUUACGACUUCAUAUGGACAGCAAUUUACCGGAUGAAAGUUCUGGUGCAGUACAAAAGGAAACUACUUCGUCAACCCUCUCAGAAAGUGUCGCGAUCAAAAGAAAAAACAGAAAUGGGGAAGAGCCUACUGAAGACGACUGCAUUAGCUCUGAAGUGUAUGGCAAUGAACAUGAAAGGAGAAGAGUAAAACAGUCUACUGAGAAAAACUUGAAAGCUAUCUCAAAUGAACAGAAGUCAUUGAAGAAAACAGGUAAGGCUCUGUUAAAAGAGGAAGCAUCAUUGACCAUCUCUAGUGAAGUUCUUAAAACCGAUGAAAUCAUCUCAUCCUCGAAUCAAAGUGAACCAUGGACUGUACUUGCCCAUAAGAAGCCUCAGAAAGACUGGAAACCUUACAACCCAAAGACAAUGAGACCUCCCCCUCUACCAGAAGGUACCAAGUGUGUGAAAGUUAUGACUUGGAAUGUUAAUGGACUAAGAGCAUUGUUGAAGUUAGAGAGCUUCUCUGCUCUGCAGCUUGCCCAAAGAGAAAAUUUCGAUGUGUUGUGCUUGCAGGAGACUAAACUCCAGGUGAAGGACGUUGAGGAAAUUAAGAAAGCUCUUAUUGAUGGCUAUGAUCAUAGUUUCUGGUCCUGCAGUGUCUCCAAACUUGGUUACUCUGGAACUGCGAUUAUUUCACGGAUAAAACCGCUCUCGGUUAGAUAUGGUACUGGUCUAUCUGAAUCAGAUCAUGACAUGGAAGGACGAAUUGUGACUGCUGAAUUCGACACAUUCUACUUGAUAAGCACCUAUGUCCCUAAUUCCGGAGAUGGCUUAAAAAGACUGUCAUACAGGAUCGAAGAAUGGGAUCGAACCCUCAGCAAUUACAUCAAAGAGCUGGAGAAGUCUAAACCUGUAGUCUUGACUGGUGAUCUAAAUUGUGCUCAUGAAGAAAUCGACAUCUACAAUCCUGCGGGGAACAAAAGAAGUGCUGGUUUUACAAUAGAAGAAAGACAAUCCUUUGGAGCAAACUUCUUAGACAAGGGCUUUGUAGAUACCUUUAGAAAACAACAUCCUGGUGUUGUAGGUUACACUUAUUGGGGUUAUCGACAUGGUGGCCGCAAAUACAACAGAGGAUGGAGACUGGACUACUUCUUGGUAUCUGAAACUAUCGCAGCCAAUGUCCAUGAUUCUUACAUUCUCCCUGAUAUCAACGGCAGUGAUCAUUGCCCGAUUGGCCUUAUUCUCAAGCUCUGA